UCAGUGUGCCCUGAUGAUCAGUGUAGCCCCAGCAGUGCCACCUGUCAGUGUCCAUCAGUGACAGCUGUCAGUGCUCAUCAAUGCCACCUGCCAGUGCCCAUCAAUGCCACAUAUCAGUGCCCAUCUGAGCUGCCUUUCAGUGUUACCUAUCAGAGCCAGUCAGUGCCACCUAUCAAUGCCAUGUUGCCUAUCAGUGCCGCCUAUCAGUGCCAGUCAGUGCUGCCUAUCAGUGCUACCUAUCAGUGCUGCCUAUCAGUGCCAUAUAUGAGUGGUGCCUUUCAGUGUCCACCAGUGAUGCCUGUCAAUGCCCAUCAUUGCCAC